UUCAGGAAGCCAGGUGGAAGCAAUCACUGCGGAAGCUGCAGACGUCUUGGGCAUCGAGCCACGUACAAUCGAUGCAAAACUACAUGGAAUAGGGGGAGCCACGAUGCCAUACUUGAACUUCGAAAAAGAUGACAUCGGAGUACCUCAAAAUCUAAAACUAGCAGAUCCUCACUUCUACAAGAAGGGUCGCAUUGAGGUCCUGCUUGGAGCAAGAAUCAUGGCGCAAAUCAUUGGACCGCGAAUCGUAAGUCUUAAACCACAACCAUGUUUACAAGAAUCCAAAAUGGGUUGGAUUAUGCACGGAGCGUUUAAGAUUCGUAAGGUUAUGGGUAUUUUAAGUACGGCAUCAAAUGAACACCAUGAACUGGCAAACUGUGAAUUGUCAAAACUAAUAGAGAGGUUCUGGGUAGUUGAGGAAGUUACACUAGAUUCGAGAGAUACAUGCACAAGCGAUGAGAUAGAAUACCAUUUUCAUAAAACCACUCAUUUAACUCAGGAUGGUAGAUUUAUAGUACGCAUCCCCUUACUAAAAGAUCCAAACACGUUAGGAGAAUCCUAUCAGCGGGCAGUGAAACGGUUCCAUACUCUAGAGGGUCGGCUAGCAUAUUCACCAGAUACUUACAUGGAGUACAAAAGAUUCAUGGAAGAGUACCUGAGUCUAGGCCAUAUGGUUUUGAUUGAGCCAAGGGAUAUGUACAAGGUAAAAUAUUUCAUCCCACAUUCGUAUGUCACAAAACUUUCGUCCUCUUCUACAAAACUGAGGGUGGUUUUCGAUGCUAGCGCAAAAACCACAAACAACACAUCACUGAAUGACAUACAAAAAACUGGUCCCAACGUUCAACGAGAGCUGUUCGACCUUCUAAUCGAUUUCCGUAUGCACACCAAGGUGCUUACCGCAGACAUUGUCAAGAUGUACAGACAAGUCCUAGUGGCUGAAGAAGAUAGUUGGUUGCAAUGCAUUCUCUGGAGGGCCAACCCAAAAGAACCUUUAAGAGCAUACAGAUUAUUAACUGUAACCUAUGGAGAAGCUGCAUCCUCGUACUUGGCAUGUAGGUCUCUCAAUGAAGUAGGUGAACGACUGAAAUCCACCAACCCGAAGAUUGCCAACGCUAUAACGAAUAACUUCUACGUCGAUAACCUAAUGAUUGGGGCGGCCGAUAGUGAAGAACUUUCUCUAUUGAAGGAGGGAAUUGAAUUGGCACUAGUAUCCCAUGGAUUUCCGUUAAAAAAAUGGGCAACAAACGACAUCGAAUUAUUGCAAACCAUACCACAACAAGAUCGCGAAAGCACCACUCGAAUAGGUGAUUUUGACACUAUACAAACAUUAGGAGUUAUCUGGUCACCUUCAGAAGACAUUUUCAAACUCAAGGUAUAUGAAGUCAAACAAAAAGAUAAAGGAAGUCUUACAAAAAGACAACUAUUCGCUGAGGUCUUACAGAUGUAUGACCCAAUCGGCUUAAUGCAGCCUAUCAUCGUUAUGGGAAAGAUUAUUAUGCAGGAUCUAUGGCGAGAAAAAAUUGGCUGGGAUGAUAAGGUUUCUAAUGAUGCAUAUCAAAAAUGGAAAACAAUCAAAGAGCAGUUAUCAAUAUUACAAGAUGUUAGUAUCCCACGAAUGGCCGUGCAAAGCAAUCCAAAAAAACUGACAGUUUAUGGAUUCUCUGAUGCGUCAAAGAAAGCAUAUGGAUGCGCAAUCUAUUUGCAGUAUGAAGAGAAUCAAGUGAAAAGAACAACACUGUUAUGCUCGAAAUCCAGAGUGGCACCAGUAAAAGAAAUCACAUUACCAAGAUUAGAAUUGCUGGCAGCUGUGCUUUUGGCGGAAUUGAUCGCAAGAAUAAGGAACCAGUUAUGCCACAUUACAAAAGAACAAUAUUACAGUGACUCACAAAUUGUACUAUCGUGGAUUAAAAGUAGCGAUAAUAGAUGGCAGGAAUUCGUAGCGAGACGAGUAGAUCGCAUUCAAAAAGCCACCAAUAAGGACGAUUGGGAAUAUGUUUCAACCAGGGAAAAUCCCGCAGAUUUGGUUUCCCGAGGAAUUGUUCCUAGCAAACUAAUCGGAAACAUGUUGAAGUUUUGGCUAUCUGGUCCAGAAUUCCUGCAAAACAAUCAAGGAACUGUAAACCCAUCAAGAUACCAAUACGAUUUUGCCGCGGAACUUGAACAAAAAAAGUCGUCAUCAUCUCUACUAGUAGCCACCCUCGGGCCCACGUGCGACGACUUGAUCAGUAACUAUCCACACCAUUUCUCUUACAACAAGACCGUCAAACAUUUUGCAUUAGUAUAUCGCGCGAUUCAAAAUAUGAAAGCAAGCUGCAAGACGAAGAAAAACGAAAGCCCUGAACUUUCAAGAACCACAGGGCCUAUUACAGUAGCUGAACGUCAAAAGGGUUUAAUGUUAAUCAUUAAGAUCAUGCAAUCAAGCGUAUACCCGAACGAAACGAAGGAGUUUAAAGAAAAUGGCUGCAUAAAUCCCAAGGGGGAGUUUCAACACCUAAAUGCAACAAUCGUAGAUGAAGUGAUACAUAUUACAGGAAGACUUGAAAACGCAAGAGAUCCCGCACUCAAAAGCCCAAUUCUGGUUCCGAAGGCGCAUCCAUUUGCGAGAGUGAUCAUUCAACAUUUGCACGAACACCAUUAUCAUGCAGGUCUUAGCAUAGUUAUGAACGCAUUUCGGGAAACGUAUUGGAUGAGAGAUCUGAGAAGGACCGUUCAGGGAGUGUUACGGAAAUGCGUUAUAUGCGCCAGAGCCAGACCAUGCUUAUUAUCUCAAAAGAUGGGACAACUUCCGGCAGAGAGAGUCACCGAAUCCUACACGUUUUACAACACUGGCAUAGACUUAUGUGGCCCAUUCGACGUACAACCCAGUAUAAGAUCAAGAGCAAAGUUGUCAGUCUACGCAUGCAUAUUCGUUUGCAUGGCUACAAAAGCAAUCCACAUAGAGGUCGUCGAGAACCAAUCGACAGAUGCAUUCAUAGCAGCUUUACUGAGAUUCGUGUCGUUACGCGGUAAACCAAACACAAUACAUUCAGAUAAUGGAAGAAAUUUUGUCGGUGCCAAUGCCGAACUGAAAAGGUUAUUACAAGUCUAUAAAAAUGAGAAGUUUCGAAAUACGAUGGUAGACAAGAUGGCUGAAUACGGAAUAGCUUUCAAGUUCAUUCCACCAAGAAGUCCCAACUUCGGGGGAUUAUGGGAAUCAAAUAUAAAGGUGGCCAAGCGACUUUUUACUGCAGCAGCGAGAGGAGCAAUAAAGAAUUCUCGGCCACUUACCACCAUACAUGCCGAUCCAGACACCCCAGAAGCCCUAACUCCAGCCCAUUUCUUAAUUGGGAGAUCCUUUUCUGCUAUCCCAAUGGAUAACAAUGAUAUGACGGCGACAGCUCAAGUUCGAUGGAAGCGAGUGCAAUCCCAAACUGAACAGUUCUGGAGAAGGUGGCGUAACGAAUAUCUCCACUUACUAAGAAGAAUGGCUAAAUGGACGAAAGUUCAUAACAACCUGCAACCUGGCCAAAUUGUACUAAUCGGUGAUGACAAUAUGCCUACUGCUAAAUGGCCCACGGGAGUUGUUAAACAAACCUUUCCAAGCGCUGAUGGAUUAGUUAGGGUAGCAUUGGUAAAGGUGAAAAACAAUUAUUACAAGCGAAAUGUUAGAUUACUAGCACCCUCACCCAUCGAAGUCUAACGUACCAUCUAUAUCUGGAACUUAGUUCCAAAGCGGGAGAAAAUGGUGGUGUAAUAGAAUGUCCGAAGCAGGGA